AUGAAAAUCUGGUACGGAGAGGACUUGAGAAAUUGGCGAAACCACGACAACGGUGGAAGGGUCUGUGUGGAUGUGUACGGACACCUGCAGUAAAUAGCAGAGCCUAUUUAACUGACUUGAUUAGCGCUUCAAAUAUCAAACUGUUAAUUUAAAAAAAUUUUAAUUUAAACCUACUGUUGAAUAUAAAUAAUUCUACCGUGCGAUACAAAGCAACGAUUUCAAUUUAAAUGUAGUCAAAGCAUGUGGUCAGAGUAAAUAAAAUUAAUCACAAAUCUUGCAGCAGACUAUCAUGAAUGAAGUACAGCCGUACGGAGUUGUAUGUUAUAUGAAGAUGCUUACACCUCUAAAUAAACACUGUGAAGCUAUUUGCUAUGGGCAAACAAACAUGAUUUAGAGAGCCACAAAUAACACAUAAGUACAUGAAGGAAAAGUUCGAAAUAUCGCUCAGCACGACCGCUAUUUCUGCCUCCUUUAUAAUAACCUUAAAUUUUUACGUUACCGCAGAAAGUUAUCUAUUUGCGCACUUAACUCCUUUUCCCACCUGGUUAAAAUGUCACUUUUUCUGGCCUUUUUUCCUUUAUUAUGCCCGCUAAACGAUUCUUUUUUCGCAUUUGCACCCGCAGCGAUCAAAGAUAACCCAAUUGCUCUUUGGGCUAAGAUCAAUCAGAUUCCUGUGUGUUUCCACGCGCAAGGGCGACGGCCUGGAAUGUUUCAUUACCUGGGUGAAGGCAAAUUAGUUGGUGCAAUUAAACUUGUCUUUGUACGAGGCUCUGUACGGUGCGCUAAUGAUCCUAAAUUCAGCAGUCGAUGGGGUUGUUACCGUCAUCCCGAUAACGUCAGGCAUCCUCUGAACGUUGUAGUCACGGAUGCAGACAACCAUGUUAUCUACCCCGCCGAGAAAUACAUCAUGAACACAGGCCUGUGGUAUUACUUGCCUUUCACAGACGCUAAGAGCUCUAAUCAACUGGUGUACACCGACUAUGCCAAUCCCUUUUACCUCGAAAAGUACGCAACGAUUAAGAUUUGGUAUGGAGAAGAUUUAAUGAAAUAUGAUAAUCAUGAUAAUAGAGGCAGAGUUUGUGUGCAUGUGUGGGCGCACCUCAUGUAA